UAGCGGAAAGAUGAGUAACCGAUACGUGCGCAGCAGUCGUGCCGCAGAUACGAGCGGGCUGCUGAUAUUUGACAGUUCUAAGUGCCGAAAUCUUUUACUGCCUUUUAGCCUUUAUGACAUUCGUGAUUCAAAAUCGAUCUGCACAAAGCGGUCAGAGUUAGAAAUAAGGAAAAUGUAAAACAUGUUUGUAUUGGAUUUUUCACCACAAUUAUUCAAACACGGGAAAUUUGCAACCCAUGAUUUUUGCCUAUAUUCUGCUUAAAUUUUAUUGAUCUGACUCUCCAGAAUUCUACUCUAGAUAGAUCUCCAGAAUUCUACUCUACCCUAGAAGCUUGCCUGGAUAAUCUUUUAUUGUUAGACGAGUAUCUGGUAACGUGGGAUUGAGGACCGCAACAUUUUUGUUUGCACUGGAGAUUUAGCCAUCCUAACUAUGCCGAAAAAGAAGACAGGAGCCAGGAAGAAGGCAGAAAAACAGAAGGAAAUUCUCCGUGUGAUUCGCACUGGCGGGAAGCGUGAACUGGGCAAAUGGCCCUGCAAUGCUACCAUGGAAUGCGAUCAGUGUCUUCGACAGCAGAAGAAUCGAGCUUUCUGCUACUUCUGUCAGGCAAUACAGCGCCUUCCAGUUUGUGGCCACUGCGGAAAGCAGAAAUGCAUGCUGAAAACUGGGGAUUGUGUUGUGAAACACGGGGCGCAGUAUACGACAGGUAUGCAGAUGGUCGGCGCAGUAUGCGAUUAUUGUGAGGCAUGGGUUUGCCAUGGUAGAAAGUGCCUUUCCGUGCAUGCGUGCAGUUGUCCCUUACAGAGCGCCGAGUGUGAAGAGUGCAAACGUGGUGUCUGGGAUCAUGGCGGAAGGAUUUUCCAGUGUGCCUACUGUGAUAACUUUUUAUGUGAAGAUGAUCAAUUCGAGCAUCAAGCACGUUGCCAGACCCUGGAAAAAGAGAAUUAUAAAUGUGCUUCCUGUAACAAGCUCGGUCAGCACACUUGUUUACGCUGCAAGGCUUGUUAUUGUGAUGACCAUGCACGCCGAAAAGGAUUCAAGUACAGCAAAGGCCAGCCCAUACCUUGUCCAAAGUGUGCAAAUCCCAUGCGCGAAAUGUCCGGUGUGUCUGCGAGAAAGUAUGACUAUGGUCGGAAAGCUCACGCGGGAGACGAGGACGAAGAAGCCGGCGGUGAUUAUGAUUAUUAUGGAUCGGGUUCGGGAAGCUAUUAUGGAUAUGGAGAAAAAGACGAAGACGGAGAGGAGUCAGACGAGGAAGAUGAAGACUAUGCAGCACCUGACGACGAAGAGAGCGAAGAGGACAGCAGCGAUGAGGACGAAGAGGAGGAUGAAAAAGAUGAAAAUGAGAAAAAGGAGUAGACUUCUACCGAGAAGAGGUUUCUAUGAGCUAACGCCGAGCAUAUUAUCCCGGAUAAUGGUUUCCUUUUUAUGAUAUUUGAUGUGAAAGUGUGCUAGGAUGAUCAAGGCUCGUGUUACCAACUGAAAAAAACUACAUGCAUUCUGGAAAUUCGGAUUUGCACCCGCAAGCAGUAUAGCACGUUGUUCCGCAAUAUUUUAUCAGCUAUAUGCCACUUAAAUAAUAACCAUCGCGAUGAAUACAUUUAGGCAAAGAUUUUUCCGUGUUGUUAUGUUUUUGACUUUAUAAAUGUGUAA